AUGGAUGGCGAAUAUUGGGACCGUUACUUGGAGAUCUCCCAGCUCCACCAGGAUCAUGCCCAGAUGGAGUCCCAGAUUGGACUUAGAAAGUUCCAAGAAACUCCUGGCCAGUCAUGGUAUGACCAACCAGAUGCGCAAAGCCUCAAGCUACAGCACGACAGCUGGAGCCAGUGGGACAGCAUCAUGAAGAAGCAUGUUAAGAGAAUUCAAAAUCGUGUCGCUUCGGGCCGCGAAACAUUUGUCCGCCUCUUUACAACAUCCAAGGUUGGCCUUGACCUACCUGCAGGCGUCGGCAGGAGGGAUUCAUCGUUACAGUCCAACUUUGUCGCCAGCAUGAUAAAGGCGUAUUGUCCUGAUCCCCCUGCUAUUGACCAUCGCUGGGAGCCUGUUCUACAGAAGUGGAUGGAUGACGAUUGCGUACAUGCUGCUCACUUGUUCCCGUAUCGACAAUCUCCCUGCAUGGACGAAAUCUUUGGCAAAGGCGCAAGUGAAGAGCUCUUUGCUCCUGAGAAUGGCCUCUUUCUUCACAAGCAUAUCGAGAACGCUCUUAACAAGGGCCUUCUUGCCAUUGUGCCCGACCUUGACCUGGAUCCGGCUGAUCCCCAAUUUCCUCUCAAUGAUCAGCAGGAACGACAAAACAGGGUCAAAGAGUGGGAGAAUUGGCCGGUCAAGGACUACAAGAUCGUCAUCAUCGACAAGGACAACAAUCGCGUCAAAAAUACUAAGCUAUUCAUUGUCGAAGAUUUCGGUUUCCAAACUCUAGGAGAGCUUGACGGUCGAAAGCUUGUUUUUAAGACAAACUUUCGGCCUCGAGCAAGAUAUAUCUGGUGGACCUAUCUCAACACUAUUCUCCGAACGGCUUGGAACCAGCAAGGAAAAGAUGGCAACGUUCAGCACCACGAAGUUCGCAAAGCGACACGUUACUGGGGAACCCGUGGCCGAUACGUGAUGCAGAACCAGUUGCUUGGUUUUGUUGAAGAAAUCGGCCAUGAUGUUGAAAGCAUCUUAGAACAAGGAGACGACAAUGAGGAUACCCAAGAACCCGGGCUUGAAGCAGUUGUGGCUAUAGUGCAAGAGGCUAUGGUGAGCUCUUUACAACACGAUAAGAAAGAAGGUGAGGACAGUGAUGAAAAUGAGGAUGGUGAUGAAUAG